CCCCGGCCCCGGCCGCCUCGGCGCUGCCCCGCGAGCCCUACGGGCGCGCCGCGAUCCGCCAAGGGCCGCUCCCCGGCAGCCGCGACGCCCGCGGCCGGCCGGCGCCUCACGCCACCUUAAGAGGCCGGCGGUCAGCUGACGGCGGCCCCUCCCCUCCCCUCCCCGCCCCGCCGCGCCGCGCCGCGCCGCGCCGCAGAGAAGUGCCGUGCCGCGGCCCCGCCGCCGAGCAGCGGCCCUGCCUCCGCCGCAGAGGAGCAGCCGCGCGGGACCCCGUGCCGCCAGCUGAUAGAAACACUUGGAUGACUGGAAUUCAGGAUACUUGGUUCAUGCUCUUACGCUAAGGUGAAGGAAAUAAGCACAAGAAAUUCCUCUGGUUCAGACCAUAUUUUGAAAAGAACAUAAGAAUUUUAAUCACCAUUCCUGUUCAUUGCUUAGUGGUUAAAGAUCUGCCGUUCUAAAUCCUGCUUUGAAAAACUGGGAAGUCUCGUCAGUGUGGAGUUGAACUAGGCAUCUGGCAGCUGUCUUGAACAGAAAUUGAAACAAAGAUGUCCUUCAUAGAUCCCUAUCAACAUAUCGUGGUGGAGCACCAGUAUUCCCACAUAUUCACUGUGACAGUAAAGAAAGCCACCAAUGUCACAAAAGGAGCGAUUGGUGAUAUGCUUGACACUCCAGAUCCCUAUGUGGAGCUGUUCAUCCCAUCAGCCCCUGACUGCAGGAAGAGAACUAAACAUUUCAAUAAUGAUGUGAAUCCCGUGUGGAACGAGACCUUUGAGUUCAUUUUGGACCCCAACCAAGAAAAUGUCCUGGAGGUCACUUUGAUGGAUGCCAACUAUGUUAUGGACGAGACUCUUGGCACAUCCACAUUUCCCAUCUCUUCCCUGAAACUGGGAGAGAAGAAAGAGGUCCAGUUGACUUUCAACGAUGUCACAGAAAUGACUUUGGAAUUGUCUCUUGAAGUCUGCUCUUCAACUGAUCUUCGAUUCAGUAUGGCUCUGUGUGAUGAGGAGAAGAAAUUUCGGCAACAGCGGAAAGAUAAUAUCAUGCACAGUAUGAAAUCAUUUCUAGGAGAAGAAAACAGCAAGAACCUGACCACUUCCCGUGAUGUACCAGUGAUAGCAAUAUUGGGUUCAGGCGGUGGAUUUCGUGCCAUGGUAGGGUUUGCCGGAGUCAUGAAAGCGCUCUACGAAUCAGGAGUUUUAGACUGUGCAACCUACAUUGCUGGCCUCUCAGGAUCUACAUGGUACAUGUCGACUUUGUAUUCACACGCGGAUUUUCCAGAAAAGGGACCAAAGGAGAUUAAUGAAGAACUGAUGAACUCCGUGAGUCACAACCCGCUGCUGCUGCUCACUCCUCAGAAAGUCAAACGCUACAUUGAAGCCCUGUGGAAUAAGAAAAGCUCAGGGCAGCCUGUCACCUUCACAGAUAUCUUUGGAAUGCUGAUAGGUGAAACACUCAUCCAUAAUCGAAUGGACACCACUUUGAGCAAAAUGAAAGAGAAAAUCAAUGAAGCACAGUGUGCUCUCCCACUCUUCACAUGUCUCCAUGUCAAACCAGAUGUGUCGGAGCUUAUGUUUGCAGAUUGGGUGGAAUUCAGUCCCUAUGAGAUUGGUAUGGCAAAAUAUGGCACUUUUAUGUCACCUGAUUUGUUUGGAAGUAAAUUUUUUAUGGGCACAGUAGUGAAAAAAUAUAGUGAAAAUCCCUUGCAUUUCUUAAUGGGCGUCUGGGGCAGUGCAUUUUCUAUAUUAUUUAACAGAGUGCUUGGAGUCUCCAAUUCUCAAAACAAAGGUCCCACCAUGGAAGAAGAAUUAGAGAAUAUUAGGCUAAAGCACCUUGUGAGCAAUGACAGCUCAGACAGUGAAGAUGAAUCACAGCAUCCAAAAGGCACUGAAAAUCCUGAGGCAAAUCAAGAAUAUCAAAACAACAGCCAGGAAAGCUGGGUGCAGCGAAUGCUGAUGGCUUUGGUGGGUGACAGUGCCCUCUUCAAUACCAGGGAAGGGCGUGCUGGGAAGGUGCACAACUUCAUGCUGGGACUGAACCUCAACAGCUGUUACCCGCUCUCCCCCCUGGCAGACCUUCUCACGCAGGAAUCUGUGGAAGAAGAUGAACUAGAUGCAGCCGUUGCAGAUCCCGAUGAAUUUGAGAGGAUAUACGAGCCACUAGAUGUGAAGAGCAAAAAGAUUCACAUAGUGGACAGCGGGCUUACGUUUAACCUGCCAUACCCACUUAUCUUGAGACCUCAAAGAGGGGUCGAUCUUAUCAUCUCCUUUGAUUUUUCAGCAAGGCCGAGUGAUUCCAGUCCUCCUUUCAAAGAAAUUUUGCUUGCUGAAAAAUGGGCCAAAAUGAACAAGCUUCCUUUCCCCAAAAUAGAUCCAAAUGUGUUUGAUCGAGAGGGCUUGAAGGAGUGCUAUGUUUUUAAACCGAAGGAUACCUCUUCAGAGAAAGACUGCCCAACUAUAAUCCAUUUUGUUCUGGCAAACAUCAACUUUCGGAAGUACAAAGCUCCAGGUGUCCCAAGAGAAACACAGGAAGAGAAGGAUUUUGCAGACUUUGAUAUUUUUGAUGAUCCUAAUUCACCGUUCUCUACCUUCAACUUCCAGUAUCCCAAUGAGGCUUUCAAGAGGCUUCAUGAUCUAAUGGAGUUCAACACCCUCAAUAACAUCGAUGUGAUCAAGCAAGCUAUGAUGGAAAGCAUUGAAUACAGGAAGGAGAAUCCGUCUCGCUGCUCAGUGUCUCUAAGCAGUGUCGAAGCAAGGAGAUUCUUUAAUAAAAACAACCUCAACAACAACCAUACGUAGAGGAUGUGCUGUAGGUCCCGCUCCUUGAAGAGGCUGGCUCUACCUUUAUAACUGGAGUUGAAAAGACAUUAUAAAGAGCAUUGCUGCUCUUGAAAAGGGCUGUGCAAAACUCCUGAAAACCGUUUCUUGCGCAUUUUCAAGUUUCAAUAUUAUUUUAUACUACUUACUUUUAACCUAAAAAUUGAAAACAUUUCAGUGUGCGGGUCAUUCCCUUUUAAAAACUAUGGAAUUAGGUUCUUGGCUAUAGAGUCAUUUGGUUCACGUUGGGGGGGGUAUUUGCUGUUUGUUUUUACAAAAUUGUAAAUACUGGUUUCUCCAGUGGGGCAGUUUUCUUAUUUUUAUUUGAUGUAAAUUGAGUGCAUCUUCAAAUGCGCGAUGAGAUUUGAAACACAGUAGAAUAAAACUUUAAUAAUAGAGACCAUAUAGAUGUAUACCUGGGCUUGGGCUCAGAUCCCACUCCACUUUGUAUAAGUGAGAAAACUUACUUUGACUUUGGCUGAAAAGUCAGUAAUUGAUAACUAUUGCUGGGCAAUAGCUGCUCCUUAAUAUAUUAAGUCACUUAGCUGCUAACCAGCACUGUUAAGGUUGAUUUCUUAUGCUGGAAGGAAUUUUGAUCACUAAUAACCAUUGGCUAUAUUGGCCUUACCAAAACUCCAUAAUCAAGCUGUGUUUCAAAUUUUGCCUUUCUUGCAUGAAUGGUAGAGCAGUGUCUCUUAAAACACAUACACACACACACACAUUUUUGAUAACAAAUGAGUAAAGAAAUGGAGUUUAUACAUCUUUGAUAAUAUUAUGAGUAGGAUCCUCUGCUGGUUAACAACAUUAGCAGAGCUUUGGUGAGUGAUGCCAACAGGGAUCUGCUUUUGAAUUUUUGAAUUUCAAAUAUUUUCACAGAAAUUGAAGUCCACUUUACUAAUUUUUAAUAAUAUAUAUAUCCACUCAGUAAAAAAUCCAAUCUCUUAUAUUUUUUUCCUCAUUUUUCACAAAACUAAAUUGCUUGAGUUUUUUGAGCUGGUAGUACCUAUGUGUUAAAUAAGUGUUAGUUCACGUAUUUCUGGCCAAAUUGCUUUAAAAUAGGUUAAGAAUCAUUUAGAGUUUGAUUAUGAUGAAAAACAUUACAUUUCUGCAGAGGGACAGUGGCAAUGUUUACUAGGGAUAGAAAAACAUUCCUAGGUAAGAAUGUGAAGUAGCUCAUGUGCUAAGGGCUAUAUUUAAAAUAUAUUUUUACUACUUUGACUAAUGAAAGAUCAUGCAUAGACAUGGAUUAUUUUAGUACCAUCCGAAAAGUGCUGAAAAUCUUCCUGGUAGAUAACUGUGCAAACACACAGAAAAAUGGGGUUGUGCCUCCAAAACCUCUCCAGUCUGUUUGGAAAGAACGUAAGCAUCAAGGGUGUAACGGAGAAAAAGGAAGGAAAGAGCCAAAGCUGCUGAAGGCGUCCCCGCGCCAACCGCGACCGGGUGCAAGACUUGGGAGUUUGCAAAUGUUGAGUGUUUGGCUGGCUUGUUUCUUUCUUUCUUUUAUUUUUAUUUUUAACAAAUGCAGGGGAUUAGUUCUCAUCCAAAUCCUCACAAUUGGUAGUGUGCUGCUUUUUUUGGCGGCGUUUGAAGGGGGAGAUGGCAAUGGCUGAAUAACUCUGAGAGUUAAUGCAAAGGUAUUUGCCAAGGUGAGAGGGUGAAAACGUCCCCGGGUGCCGUGUGUGUUGCUUGUCCAGCACUGCCCAUCGGCUGGAGAAGAAAAGCACUGGAAAAAAAGGAUUAUUUGCAGGGUCACGGUCACAAACCGUGAGGGUUUCUCUGCAAGAGCUUUAAGUGAAAUUUGGGUCUCAAGAUUUCUGUUGCCAUUACUAGGGUUCAGCUUUCAGCCUCGUUUUUUCGAUAGGGCUGUCAGGCUCCCAGCAAGCGCAGAGAUCACGGUCACAGCGAAUACCAUGCCGCUGGGUAAAGACGUUUUGACACAUAUCUGAUUUUUUGUUUGAUAAUUUUGUAACAAAAGAUUUUUUACAAUAACUACUCAUUUGUCAAAGCGUUUAUUGUUAAUUCAGUGGCUGUACCUUUUCUUGUGCAUUACUGAGCUAUUUUCAGUUGCUAAAAUCUGUAAGCACAUGGGAAGGGGAGCAAUUAUAACGCAUUUCUUUCAAUAGUCACUGCACCAUCCCUCCUUAAAUCUACUUUUAAUGUUAUGUGAUUAAUAACAUUUUCCAUAUUGAUUAAUAGGUUUUACCUCUGAUUGAGUUAGAGCAUGUUUAAAAUCAAGAGAGAAAAUAAAAUUAACUUAUCUUAGUGCUGCAUAAUUUAAACAUUUUCAAUAAUUGUUUGAAUACAGGAAGAAACUGGUACCAUUCUUAUAUUGUAAUAUUUUCUUUUCAAUACAUUAUUUUUUUCCUGUUGGUUAACAUGAUAAUAUUUGUAUUUUAUAUUUUACAAUACCUACCUUCUCUGUCUUAUGGAAGUGUUUUGUCAUGCUUUAUAUGGUUUAUAUUAUCACAGUGUUAUCAAACAAUAAAAAAUAAAAGUUAACUAUGUUUGGCA